AUUACGUCAAAGGCGCAUCGCGUCUCAUCCCUUAUAAUUAACGCCGUGUGACGCUCGGCAAUGGCCGCCGCUUCCCUCAUCUCCCAUCGCCUCUCCUCCUCCUUCCUCCGCUUCUCUUGGAGAUCCGCUUCGAUCCCCAACUCCUUCGCCGCCCCAACUCAGAAGCUUGAUCGGUUCCGCCCUUUUUGUUCAUCGAUGGCCGCUUCAUCGUCGGAGCCCAAAGAGGCCCCUUCCAACAACCCUGGCCUCCACACCCAGCUCGACGACGCCACCAAAGGAUACUUCUUGCAGCAGACUAUGUUUCGAGUCAAAGACCCCAAAGUUAGUCUUGAUUUCUACUCCCGCGUGUUGGGAAUGUCGUUGUUGAAGAGGCUGGAUUUCCCAGAAAUGAAAUUCAGCUUGUACUUUCUGGGUUAUGAGAAUACUUCAUUAGCACCAUCCAAUCCAACUGAACGAACUGUGUGGACCUUUGGUCAGAAGGCUACAAUCGAGCUUACACACAACUGGGGCACAGAAAAUGAUCCUGAAUUUAAAGGCUACCAUAACGGAAAUUCAGAGCCCCGUGGCUUUGGUCAUAUAGGCAUCACUGUUGAUGACACGUACAAGGCAUGUGAGCGAUUUGAACGUCUAGGGGUGGAGUUCGUGAAGAAACCUGAUGAUGGAAAAAUGAAAGGCAUUGCCUUCAUUAAAGACCCUGAUGGCUACUGGAUUGAGAUUUUUGACCUGAACAGAAUUGGGAAUGUGACUGCUGAUGCUGCUUGAAAAGAACUUAUCAAAGUGAAGAGCUACACUACUUUCUGGUGGAUCAGCUGUCAUUCUUUUGGUGUUAUAUUUAAUCGUGUCGAUGAGAAUUUGGACCUAUGUUAUGAUUUUUAUUUAGUAGUAGUCCUUUGUUUCCUUUUUACUGUCCGCAUGCAAAUGCAUCCCCCCUCUUGCUGUGCCAUGGAUGAUUAUAAACAUGACAGUUUAUGGUACUAUGAGCUUAACUUGCUUCCUCUA